AUGUUCGAAACAAAACCAAAACAAGUUGAAGUGACUGCUAUUCCGAUUCUAUGGGAAUUACUCAAGUCACCGUCACAAAUGCAGUGUGACGCUGAAUUGCGACGUGCGAUACGAGAUUACGCAAUGGCGUUACGUGAUUGCUUCGGUGAACGAACACUGCUGGAUAUGUCCAACGGUCACAUCAGUCCAAGUCAGAAGAGGUCACUCGAAAUGCUCAUCCGAUAG